AUGACAAGAAGAGUCACAGCCGUCAAAAGUCUAUUGAGGCUCCUAGGCAAGGAGACCUCGAAUAAUAGGAAUGCAAUGCACUUUUGCCUGAACUGCCUAAAGGGCUUUCCCACGGUUGAAUUGAGGGAUAAGCAUUAUGGCUACUGCAAGGACCAAAAGGCUGUUAAAAUCACGAUGCCAAACGAGUCUGAAAAAUGGCUAUUCUAUAGAGAUGGGCAACAGCAAUUCAAAGUACCCUUUGCUAUAUAUGCAGACUUCGAGAUUCUACUCAUCUCAGUAGAAGAUGCAAGGGGUGAAAAGACUAAAAAGCUGAGUAAGCAUGUACCAUCUGGCUGGUGCACAUAUAGUACCUUUGCCUAUGGAAGUGUACCAAAUCCCCUAAUGGUAUACAUGGGCGAGGACUGUGUAACCCCUUUCGUGAACCACCUGGAGGACGAGGUAAAGCGUCUAUACCGUACCUACCCGCCGCACCCCAUGAUGCCUCUAACGGAGGCCCUAAGAAGAGAACAUGACGAGGCAUCGAAAUGUCAUAUCUGCAUGAAGCCGUUUGACGACUGCGAGUAUAACCGUAAGGCCCGAGAUCACUUCCACUAUACAGGUCUGUAUAGAGGCGCAGCGCACGCAAUCUGUAACCUCAGAUACAUAAUACCUAGCCAUAUACCUGUGAUGUUCCACAACCUAAGCGGGCACGACGCACAUCUAUUUAUCCGAGAACUAGGUGAAAAGUACGACACCCAGGACAUUAGGCGCAUCGCCGAGAAUACCGAAAAAUAUAUCAGUUUUAAUGUUAAAAUCAAGGUACCGUUUGCAGGCAUGGGGUAUAGUGAUGGUGAAACGUACAAGACAACAGGGAUUAGGUUUAUCGACAGCUGUCGAUUAAUGCCCUCAAGCCUGGACAAACUUGCAAGCAACCUCGACGAUGAGCAGUGUAAAAAUCUCCGCUGGUUUUUCAACAAGGAUGAUACAUUUAAACUCAUGAGCAAAAAAGGUGUGUACCCUUCCGAAUACAUGGGCGAUUGGCAGCGAUUCAAAGAGGCGCAACUACCUCCCAAGGAUGCCUUUUUCAGUAAUCUGAACAUGAAAGGCAUUAGCGACUAUGAAUAUGACCAUGUGAAAAAGGUAUGGAAUUGUGUAACUCCAGAGGGUGAUAGCAUCACCCUAGGCGACUACCACGAUGUGUACCUCGCUACGGACGUCCUGUUAUUGGUCGAUGUAUUUGAAACGUUCUGGGACGUGUGCUUGACGAAUUACAAGCUUGAUCCUGUGCACUUUUACAGUGCACUUAGUUUGGCCUGGAAGGCGGCUCUCAAGUAUACUGGGAUAAGGUUAGAGCUCCUUACAGACCCUGACAUGCUCCUGAUGUUUGAAAAAGGUAUCCGAGGAAGUAUAACCCAGGCCGUACACUGGUAUGCAAGAGCUAACAAUAGGUAUAUGGGAGAUCAGUACGAUCCAGAGGUUGAAUCCUCCUACCUGCAGUACCUCGAAGGCAAUAACCUCUAUGGAUGGGCGAUGUGCCAAGACCUAACAACGGCUGGCUUCAAAUGGGUUUCAAAUGUAGAGGUAUUCACAGAAAAGCAAAUCGAGAAGCUCUUUAUGGACAAAAAGCAUGGGUACAUAUUAGAAGUUGAUAUCGACUAUCCCGGGAGACUACAUGACAGCCAUAAUGAGUUGUCAUUCCUACCCGAACGCAUUAUGGUCCACAAGGUCGAAAAAUUGGUACCAAAUUUGGAGGAAAAGCGAAAAUAUGUGGUCCAUCCAUGGCUUAAAGGGUACAUCGAUCACAACGCGAGGCUAAGAACGGCUGCCAAAAACGAGGUUGAAAAGGAUUUCUACAAGCUGAUGAAUUUAAGCGUGUUUGGCAAGACGAUGGAGAAUAUUAGGAAUCAUCGCCAUUCAGCUGGUUACCAACGAGGACAAGUAUAUAAAGUUGUUCAUGAAGCCAAAUUUCAAGGGUGA